AUGCUUGGCGCCAAUGACAGCAGCAGGCCGUGGCUCGUACAGAAGUACGGUGGUACGAGUCUGGGGAAGCUCCUCGACUCCAUCUGCAGCAACAUCAUCCCGUCGCACCGGCGGGACCACAACCUCGUCAUCGUGUGCUCGGCCCUCUCCGGCUCCACAAAGGCGGGCGGCGCGACGAGCCUCCUGCUGGAGUGUAUAGCCCACGCCGAGGCCGGCGUCCCCGCGCAGGCCCAGCUGAACCGGGCCGUCGACGCCGUGCGGGACAACCACGUGCGGCUGCUCGAGAAGCACCUCGUCAACCCCAACGGCACGCUUAGCGACCUGUGCCACGACAUAUUCGACAUCACGCGGGACGUCAUCUUCAGGGAAUGUGAGAGCCUCCGCGGGUUCCUGCUCGCCGCGCAGAUCGUCGGGGAGCUGUCGCCCCGGGCGCGGGACCGCAUCAUCUCGCUCGGCGAGAGGCUGGCGUGUAGGGUCGUGUCGGCCCUGCUCAACAGCAAGGACGUCCCUGCCGAGCCGGUGAUUCUCGACGACGUCGUCGAGGCGGCCUUCGGCGGCAGCGCCGCCGACCAGAAGGCGGCGUUUGACGGCCUCGGCCCGUGCUUCUACCACCUCGUCGCCGACGAGAUCGCCAAGCGGGUGCGCGCCUGCGGCGACAGCGUUCCCGUCAUCGCGGGCUUCUUCGGCCUCAUGCCGGGCUCGCUGCUCCAGGGCGUCGGCCGCGGAUAUUCGGACCUCUGCGCCGCCAUGUGCGCGGUCGGCAUCAAGGCCGCCGAGCUGCAGAUCUGGAAGGAGGUAGACGGUAUCUUCACGGCGGACCCGCGCAAGGUCCCCUCGGCGCGGCUGCUGCCGACAGUGACCCCCGAGGAGGCGACGGAGCUGACGUACUACGGCAGCGAGGUCAUCCACCCGCUGACCAUGGACCAGAUCCGCUGCGCGGGCAUCCCGCUGCGGCUCAAGAACGUCUUCGACCCGGCGGGGACGGGGACCGUCGUCUACCCGACGUGGACGCCGUCUCCGCCCCUCACGCCGCCGAUGGCGACGACGGAGGCCAAGGGGGUCGACGUCAAGCCGUCGCUCCCCGCGAUUGACUUCAUGGUGGGCAACGGAUACCACGGCGCGCAGAAGGAGCGGCGGCGGCCGACGGCCAUCACGGCCAAAGACGACAUCUUGCUGGUCAAUGUGGCGGCCAACAGGAACACCAAGUCGCAGGGGUUCCUCGUCAGCGUGUUUGAACGGCUCGAGGAGGCACGGAUCCAGACGGACCUCGUGACGACGAGCGAGCGCAAUGUGAGCCUCGCGUUCCAACAUGUCGAGGAUGGCUCGUGUCGAUACCAGAGGUUGAGAACCGAGCUGGAGAAGUUCGGAGAGGUCAUCAUCACGGAGAACGUGUCGAUCGUGACGGUAGUCGGGCAUAAUAUGCGGAACAUGGUUGGCAUAUUGGCGGAGAUCACGAGUGCACUGGCCUCGGCCAAGAUCAACAUCUUCAUGGUGAGCCAGGGAGCGAGCGAGAUCAGCGUAUCGCUCAUCGUCCGCGCCGAGGACGCGGUCCUCGCGCUCAACGUGAUCCACAGCAAGGUCCUUCGCAUCCCGACGCACUGGGAGCAGGAGAACAACCUCAUCAAAGGUGCGCAGGCUCGCUACGGCGACGCCGGACCCCGAACCCCCCUAGCGAGACGCGCAUGUCCGCUGCCGCUUACAUAUACUCCCAGGUCCAUGGCUUUACUGAUGCAGCGCCGGACUGGCCGUACAGCGCACCAUGUAGACGAAUUGUGCAUUCUGGACGACGAGGCUCACGGAUAUGUUGAGAGGUGGAUGAAGAUGAGGCGGCAGGCCUGA